UGAAUAACACAACAAAAACAAAUGGGAAGAUCUCCAUCUCUCUCCACACACGACCUGGAUUUCUCCCACCACCUCCUCAGAAAACCCUAAUUUCACCUCUCCUCCUGUAGUAUUCCCUCCCUCUCUGUCUCUGUCUCUCUGUCUCUCUUCUCUCUUGAAUCUCCGAAAGAUGUAGAAAUUCAGAAUUGGGUACGUCAAAGUCCAAGGCUUUUCUGCUCUCCGCACUCAUCUGAGGAUGGUACGAUGAUGCUGGAGGGGAAUUGAGGUGUUGGGUUUUCCGUUUUGGCCCUUUAGUUUUUAACAAAAGAGUAAACGAAGAGAGCAUCAAUUUAUGGAAAUGCAAUCCUGAUCAAUGCUCUGGUUGAUCUGAACCGGUUUUCCGAGCGAACGUAGAUGGAUUUGCAUGUUGUGCUGGUUGAAGAAUCGUUCCCGUCGAUGAGCUGAAGCAUCUGAUCGUAAGGGUAUGAUGGAGGCUAAUCUAUGCGAUGUCAAUCACUUGGAUGCCGAUGUGCUUUUGCCUCCAAGGAAGCGUCUGCUCGCAGGACUGAAGAGACAGAAUUGCGAGAGCGAUUGUGCUUCUCAUGCCUCCUGCUUUGCCUCGUCGUCGUCAUCUUCAACGUCGAGUGUAUUUGAUGCUCACCUGAAUAAUUUGUUGUGUGCUCAUACCGGUGAUUCUGACCUUUCGCCUGAACAAAUUGUGGAGGCAUCAAAAUCAGCAGCUGCAGCUAAAGCUAAAGCUGCAAAGGCUGCGAGAGCUGCAGCGGAAGAGAAGGCCGCCAUUGCAGCGAAGGCAGUGGCGGCUGCCAAAAGCGCAUUGGAUUUGGUUGCUUCUUUUCCAGAAGAAGUGGGCAAUAAGGACAGGACUCUAAGAAGGAAUAAGCUGCAGAAGCAUGUUCCAGUUCACUCUUUGUACAGAAAUCAGAGGGCUGUUGAAAGUUGUGGGGAAGAUGAAGAACUCGCACGAAAGCUGCAUCGAGCUAUAAAUAGCUCUCCUAGGAUUUCAAAGAACUCAUCGAGCUCUGACUCUAAGGGUCAGAGGAAGAGACCCAGAAUCUUGCCUAAUCUAGAUGAGGCUGGGGUUCCAAAUGCAGGUGUAGCACCAGGGGAGAUUUCACCCAAGUGCAACGGACAUGCCGUAAUGGGCGAGAUAGAUUCCGAGGGAUCUACAUAUGAGGUGAAUGUAAAUAAGGUGGAUGAAAACUGGGAAUGCAGUUGGUCAAAAGAGAGAGUUUGGGAUGAUGGGUGCAAUACCGGUAAAAAGAGGGGAAGAGUGAAGUUAAAGAAGUUGCCUUUGAGCAUCUGUACCUCUAAAGAUCAGGCAAACCCAAAGGAUGAGUCAAACAGUAGACGCUCGCCAUCGAGUGAACAGAUUACGGGCAAGCCUGUUGCUGGCAAUGUGCCUUUGUUUACUGUAGAACCUUCUAAAGACGGUGGGAGACCGUUUGAGGCCACUCCAAUUUGGAAGUGCCAGGAGUAUAAGGCUCCCGCCUGUGUCAAACAAAAUAAGGUCGUGCAAUCAUAAUGUAUGAAUAAGGAAAUUUUGUUUGUGACCGUUAUGAUAAGAGUUGAUAGCUGAAAUAGGGGUCCUGAUUUUCGUUUGAGAGAACGGCCUUUAUUGGAUUUUUUGACCUUCUUUUUUGCUGCUUUCCCUUUGUUUGUAAUCCAUUGAACAGAUGCAUGUAUAUUACUAUUUGUAUGUUCGUUUGCUUGAA